CUUUGAAACAAGUUAAAUUUUCUUUCCUUUUAGAAGGACAGGUCAGGAAAACAGAACAAAAAAGACAUAAAAAGAGAAAGUAGUGCAUUUGCGGAGAUUCAUUUGCUCAACAAAUAUAAUCUUUUGAAACGGCGCUGCUUAAAGAGAUCUCAUUACAUGAAUGAAGCCCGUUGCUUAAUUUAACUGGGAUUAAAGUCAGUGUAUGCGAGGGAUAUUCUGUGUUGAAUAUUUGAACUUGAAGGGAAUUUCAGUGGCAACAUUUGGGAGAUCAAAAGCUUUAUCCUCAAAGCCAUAAGAGUUGUUUCAGAUGUGUCCCAAAUGUGAUGAACAUUGUCAUAGUUGCUGCAGAAAAAUUCUUUCAGUCACAGAGGAAAAGCAAAAUGCUGAUUUGCCAUGCCCCUUAAUUUUUACUAGAAAUUCCCAGCACUCAUCUGUCUGCACAAUGUCUGAAAAUACUGCACCAAACUUUGUAUACCAGCGAAGAAAGCUAUGUGGGAAAUCUGUUGCUAUUUUUCCUGCACAUAAAUCAUCAAACAAAAAGAGAACUGAUGAUUAUCUUUCAGUCGUGAGCUCUAAUGCUCUUUCAGUGGCAACACAAGAACAACAUAUAGUUUCUCUGGCUGCAGCUGAAACUGAAGCCACUAAAACUCUUGUCAUGCCUCCCAAUAGUGAGCCAUCUGUUCAAGGAAAGCAUGUUUCUGAUGGAGCACCCAAACAUAGCAAGCAGAAAAUGGCAGAGGUUCACAGUAUAAAUGACAGUUGCUCGUCAUCAAAAUCAAAUGUGGAUCUUGUUUCAGCUUCCAUGAAGACUGAAGUUGAUGAAACUGGUGAGUGUUCCUCCUCUAGUGUAGCAGUUUUAGAGGUCAUGGGCAAAGAUUUAUCAGAAAUAGAUCUUUGCAUCUCCAUUUUGAAAAGCGAGGGACUGCUUGAAAGAUUUCGGCCUAGCCAGACAUGUAGUUCUGCAAAAGUCAUGGAUGGGAAUAGUAGUAAUGGUAGCUGUCACCGGUCAUGCAAAACUUGUGGUCUUUCAGAAACUACUCUAAAAUUGCUAAUAUGUGAUAAUUGUGAAGAGGCAUUUCAUGUGUCUUGCUGUAAUCCCCGUAUGAAGGAUAUUCCAGUUGAUGAAUGGUUUUGCCAUUCAUGCUUGAAAAAGAAGGAUAAAAUUCUAAAGGAAAUGAACAUCAGAAAAUCACCAAAUAUUAUCAGUGAGUUGGGAAGAUACCGUAAAGCAUCAUUUAAAAAUGACUCCAAUCUUAUAGAAUCACUGUUGAGGGAUACUGAGCCAUAUAGCACAAGUGUUCGAGUUGGGAAAGGUUUUCAAGCAGAAGUCCCAGAUUGGUUGGGUCCAAUCAAAGAUGAUGUUGAUACUGUUGGUGAACCAUUGAUGUCUAAUCAGUCAACGUGCCUUAAUUUGCAAAUGUUGAAUUCCACCAGGCCUUCAGAACUCAGCCCUAUAGGGAAUUGGCUUCAAUGUAGACAGGUUAUAGAUGGUGUAGGGGAAAGUAGUGACUCAAUCAUCUGUGGAAAGUGGCGCAGGGCUCCACUUUUUGAAGUCCAAACAGAUGACUGGGAGUGCUUCUGCUCUGUCCUUUGGAAUCCAACUCUUGCUGAUUGUGCUGCACCUCAGGAGCUAGAAACAGAAGAGGCUUUAAAGCAACUAAAAUAUGUUGAGAUGCUGAGGCCUAGACUAGCUGCCAAGCGACGAAAAUUUGAGGGUGCCAAGAGCGGUGGCUUUCAAGACCCAACAGAGAAAGUAACAAAUGGAGACACUAAAAAUGCUUGAUAAUUUUGUGGUAAGGAUCCACACAGCUUUACCUUGGAUAUAUUUUGUACAUUAUCUGUGGGAAAAAUCCAAGAGUGUGAAUUUCGGAGUUGGGUUGUAAUUGUUAUAGAUGGAAUGGAAGAUAUCGAAGUAUUACAUAUAAAUGAGGCUGGUGGCUUUUCUGCGGCAUGCUUCA